UAAGAGUUAAGUGUUUGUGAGUGUGUAUUUUUUAAGAUAGAGAAGAAAAAAAAGUGUAACCACAAAACCAGACCAAAAUCUUGCUUAGAUUCAAUUUUCAAAAAUGGAAAAUGAAAAUCUAGGUCAUGACCGUGGGAAGGUGAUUGAUGAGCUAUUAAGAGGACGUGAACUUGCAAAUCAACUUAGAGAUAUCCUCAAUGAAAGUGGUGAUGUUGAUGAUAAUAAUGGAUCAACAACACCAUUUGCUGAACAUCUUUUGAAGGAAGUGCUUAUGACCUUUACCAAUUCACUUUUGUUCUUGAACAAUACUCAAACUUCAGAGGAUGUGCAACUCACCAAAUCUGAAGAUUCUUUAGAGAGUAAUUGCAAGAGUUCUUCCAUUGUUAAGGAACGAAGAGGCUGUUACAAAAGAAGAAAAGUUUCACAAACAUGGGAGAAGGAAUCUGAAUAUCUAGGGGAAGAUGGUCAUCAAUGGAGAAAGUAUGGUCAAAAAACUAUCCUCAACACCAAAUUCCCAAGGAACUACUACAGGUGCACUCACAAAAUUGAACAAGGUUGCAAAGCAACAAAACAAGUGCAAAAAAUUCAAGAGGAUCCACCUCUUCACAAAACAACUUACUAUGGUCAUCACACUUGUAGAAUCUUACAAAGCCCUGAGAUCAUUGUGGAUUCAUCACUUUCUCCUUCUCAUCACUCUUCCAUGUUCCUUAGCUUUGACAACUCUUUCCCAACACCAGCCAAACAAGACUGCCGUUUUCUCUCAUCACCUUCUUAUCCAUCAACAUCAUUAUCAAUAAUAUCAUCAUUGAAAAGGGAGUGCAAGGAAGAGAUUGUUCAUCCUCCUCCUUCAUCUUCAGCUAAUGAUUAUUACCUCUCUGGACUCACUUUUGAUGAUUCAGAAAAGGAUGUCACACUAUCAUCAACCCUUGAUUCUCAUCAACUAGGUGUCAAUAUUCCUGAUAUCUUGUAUGAUGAUGUCCUUAACUGGCCUCUUUCUUGAAAGUUGAUCAAGUAGUCAAUUCUAAUUAGUGGGUGUAGUAAUAUAUUAGGAAAAGACCCGGGUAGCGCGACACACGGACCAGUCUUUAUUAGGCAUCCCCCUAAGGAUAUUAUGUCACAUAGACAUGAUUCUCACUCACUAAAUGGCUUGUUUUGAUGGAAAAACACUUAUACGUAGUCUAUAACUAUGUGCGGAAGAAGUCAGGUCAUGACCGUGAUUUUUUGAGAAGUAGACAUUCAAUGAAUUCUAUGAUAAAAGUGGGACAGUUGCUAUUUUUUGGAAGCCCAAAUUCUGGUCUAUAAGCAUUUAUAAAUACUCCAACCUUAGAUAUGAAGAGAAACAAUCUUAUAUUCGCAGAAAAUACCUUUAAAAUAGAACUUCUCACUCGUAAAUUUUCUUUAACUCAAAAAUAAUACUAAAAUCUCAGGAAAUCCUUCAGAGUCAAAUGUUGCUACACAUCUUUAUUUAUUUUAGUAAGUACAGCUGGAUAAGGGCUUUGCAGCGCUGUUGUUGUAUGGUUGCUAGCUAGUAGGAGAGAUUAGGUUAAAACGGUUGCUAGUUCAUUUUAUGUAAAAUAUGUUGUUGUAUUUAUCAAUGAAUAUGUGACAGUUUUAAUUAUCAACAAA